AUGAUUUGCGCCGCCGCAACCCUCGCGUUUCUCGCCGUCGCUGCCGCAGCCCCUAUCAAGGGACUCGACCGGCAGACCAUCCAGGACCAAUAUGACUUCAUCAUCGCCGGAGGUGGCACCGCCGGCCUGGUCCUUGCGAAUCGUCUCACCGAGUCGGGUAAGAACCGCGUCCUGGUCCUCGAGGCCGGGCCCGAGCCGACUGUGGUGUCGGCCUACAAGGCCCCCGGCGGCAACCAGCUUCUUGGAGGGACGGCCAUAGACUGGUCUUUCUACACGACGCCACAGGAGCACCUGGACGGCCGGGUCCUCCGAUACCACCGCGGCCGCUGCCUAGGCGGGAGCAGCGUCACCAACGGGCUAUUCUACGGCCGCGGUAGCGCCUCAGUCUUCGAUGACUGGGUCCGCCUCGGCAACCCCGGCUGGGGUUGGGACGACCUGUACCCACUGGCCAUCAAGGGGACGCACUUCAACCCUCCGCACGACCACGAGGUACGCGGGUUCGACGUCACCCACAAGACGUGGGAUCCCAGCGCGUACAGCGAUGGACCUCUGCAGCUCGCCUUCCAGGGAUACGUGCCUCCAUCGACAGUAGGGUUCAUGCAGGCGGUGUCGGAGGCGCUGCAGAUUCCCAUCGUGAAGGACUACAACAUGGGGAACAGCACGGGUGUCAAGCAGGGGACGGGCACGCUGGACGGCGACCUGAUGCGCAGCUCGGCCUACGACUCGUACUACAAGCAGGCUGCCGGGCGGGAGAACCUCGACGUGCUGUUCCACGCACCCGUAUGGCAGAUCCUGACAGAGGGCACUUCAGAUGCUAGCAGCAAGCCCAAGGCGACAGGAGUUGCGUUUAUGGACCACCCUUCGGGGAUGGUGUACGAGGCCAAGGCGGCCAAAGAGGUCAUUGUCAGCAUGGGAGCCUUCAACUCGCCUCAGAUCCUGAUGGUCUCGGGCAUCGGCCCCAAGAGCCAGCUGGACAAGUUUGCGAUCAAGCCGCUCGUCGUCAACGAGAACAUUGGCCAGCACCUCAACGACCACUCCGUCUUCAGCAUCAUGGCCCUUUCCACGCCCGAGUUCUCCACCAUCGAGAUGAUGGCUUCGUGGACGCGGCUUCGUGAGGCGCAAGACGAAUUUUACGCCAACAGAUCUGGGCGCUACACGGCCCCGUCGGGCAUCACCAACGGGUUCCAAAAGCUGUCUGAGACGGAGCUGCGCGCGAUUGGGGCCGAGGAGAUCAUCACUCGCAAGCUGGCUAACCAAUCCCACAUCGAGUACCUCUUCGAGCCCAUCUGGUACCCGGGCGGGCCGACGCCAUACUACACGCCCCGCGGGAACGAGUCGUACAUCUCGGUCACGGCGUCGAGCAUGGUGGCUCUGUCGAGGGGCAACGUCACGCUGAAGAGCGCGUCCAUGGCCGAGUUUCCGAGCAUCAAUCCCAACUACUAUGCCCAUCCCGUCGACCGCACAAUCUCCAUCGAGUCGUUCAAGUACCUGCGCAAAAUCCUCGCCCACCCGGCGCUGUCCCAAUACACGCUAGGCUCCAACCACGGCGAGCUAAGCCCUGGCAGCGCCGUGACGGACGACGACGACGAGGCCAUCUGGGAGUACGUCAAGUCCAACACGAUCCCCAACUGGCACGCCUCGGGCACCAACCAGAUGCUGCCGCUCGAGGACGGCGGUGUGGUGGACCCGCGCCUGCGGGUGUAUGGUAUGGACAAGCUGCGGGUCGUCGACUGCAGCAUCAUCCCGGUGCUGCCCGAUGUGAACAUCCUGGGGCCCGUGUACAUGUUGGCCGAAAAGGGGGCGCAGCUCAUCCGUGAAGACUGGGGUGAUCUGUAA